CCCCGCCCCUCUCCGUGACAUCACCGGCGCUCCGGCCCCGCCCAGAUGCGAUGCGAGACGCGUUUGCCCAAGAGCCACAAAGGAGCACAAAGUGAAGUGACCAACUCAACACUACAACUGCGCGCUGCUUUGGAUAAACAUAACAGGAAUGCAGAGCAGGAAAAAAUGGAAAACUGCCAGUGUUUAAUUGUCAGGUUUGGAGCAAUGGUGAAAUAGCAUAACCAAUGCAAGAUGGCCGCCCACAGGAUCAGAGUAACCAACAACAACAAUGUGCUCCCUAGAUGUAAAUCAGAGGGCACGCUUAUUGACCUUGAUGAAGGAGUGACUGAGGCUAGUCUCAUAGAUGUCAAAGUGCCUUCUCCCAGUGCCUUGCGUUUGGCCCCCUCAACAUCGUUUGGAACUGCACGGGAAGUGGUCGCCAUAAAGGAUUACUCUCCAUCCAGUUUUACCACUCUGAAGUUCUCCAAAGGGGAUCAUCUCUAUGUGCUGGACACGUCUGGUGGGGAAUGGUGGUACGCCCACAACAACCGAGAAAUGGGAUACAUCCCUUCGACGUAUGUCCAGCCGAUCAACUACAGGAACUCAUCUCUAAGUGACAGUGGGAUGAUUGACAAUCUUGGGGACUGCUCGGAGGAGGGAGCAAAAGAGCUGGACCUGCUGGGGGAGUGGACUGGAGUGUCUCUGAAGCCCUCCCUGCCUUAUGACAACAACAACCCCUUCUCCAUGCUCUCCUCAACCAACCCAUUCCUUAAUGGGUCCAUGGAUGAUGUUCUUGAUCAGAACAGCAAUGAGAAGGUGAACCAAUGUAACAGCAUGGAUUUGCUUUUCUUUGACUUGCCUUCAGCCCCCAUCUCCACCACCAGCAACACAAAAGGGUACAGCAAUAGUGUCUUUGAUGGAACAUCCACCAGCGCUGAUUUUGAAGCCUUGCAGAUGCUUCGCAAGGACAAUCCCUUUUUUCGAAGCAAGAGAUCUUACAGUUUAUCAGAGUUAUCUAUUUUACAAUCUCAGUCAAAUCCUCCAUUGCCUUCAUCAGGGUUUUUUACAGGGCUUAAAGCUCCCUCACCGGAGCAAUUUCAGAACAGAGAGGACUUUAGGACAGCAUGGCUAAACCACCGAAAGUUGGCACGAUCUUGCCAUGACCUUGAGUCCCUUGGGCAGAACCCAGGCUGGGGUCAAACACAACCAGUAGAGACCAACAUUGUUUGCAAAUUGGACAGCUGUGGAGGGGCAGUCCAGCUACCAGAUACAAAUAUCAGUAUUCAUGUUCCUGAAGGCCAUGUUGCAGUGGGAGACACUCAGCAAAUCUCUAUGAAGGCUCUACUAGAUCCUCCCUUGGAGCUAAACAAUGACAGAUGCUCGACUGUCAGUCCAGUGGUUGAAAUCAAAUUGAGCAACAUGGAGAUAAAGUCAUUCAUUACCUUAGAGAUGAAGGUAUCCGUUGCAACUAGGACAGAAAGUCAAAUGGCGGCAGUUUUGUGUGUAAGAAGUGAUUGCAAAGAGGGUCCUUACUCUCCUGUUCCACAAGCUUACAUUUAUGGUGAUACAAUUCAGGUUCAGCUGGACAACUUGGAGCCCUGUAUGUAUGUAGCAGUUAUUGUCCAGACCCAACAUAUUUCCUUCAAUUCAACUGUUUGGGAUCACAUGAUGAAGAAAGUUACCCUGGGUCUCUAUGGGCCCAAACACAUUCAUCCAUCUUUUAAGACUGUGGUGGCCAUUUUUGGCCAUGACUGUGCCCCCAAGACUCUUCUAGUUAGUGAAGUUGGGAAACAAGCAAAGUCUGCCCCUCCUGUUGCCCUACAGCUGUGGGGGAAGCACCAAUUUAUCCUUGGCAGACCACAGGACUUGCAGAUAGGGAUGUACUCCAACAUGUCAAAUUAUGAGGUCAAGGCAAAUGAUCAGGCUAGGGUUGUUCGUGGGUUUCAGAUCAAACUAGGCAAGGUGAGUCGGCUCAUCUACAUGAUUACGUCUCGGAAUGCAGAUGAGAUUUCUGACUUCACGUUACGUGUCCAGGUAAAAGAUGAUCAGGAUUGCAUCCUUGCACAAUUUUGUGUUCAGACACCACAGCCGCCACCUAAAACAGGGAUACGGAACAACGGCCAGAGGCGAUUCCUAAAGAAAAAGGAAGUUGAUAAAAUCAUUUUGUCUCCUCUGGCCAUCACCACCAAAUACCCACAGUUUCAAGAGCGCUGCAUUACCAACUUGAAAUUUGGCAAACUGAUCAAAACCGUUAUCAGACAGACCAAGAAUCAGUACUUGCUGGAAUACAAAAAAGGGGAUAUCAUCGCCCUACUCAGUGAGGAGAAGAUUAAACUCAAAGGACAACUAUGGACCAAAGAGUGGUACAUUGGAUACUAUCAGGGAAAGAUUGGACUUGUACAUGUAAAAAAUGUGCUUGUCUUGGGAAAGGUCAAGCCUAUUUACUUUUGUGGGCCAGAUCUUACAACCACAAUGCUGAUGGAACAAAUCCUGAAGCCCUGCAAGUUUCUCACUUACAUUUACGCCUCUGUGAGGACAAUACUUAUGGAAAAUCUGGGAAACUGGCGAGCAUUUGCUGAUGCUCUGGGCUAUGUGAAUCUUCCUUUGACAUAUUUUUGCAGAGCAGAGCUGGAUAGUGAGCCAGAGAGGGUUGCCUCAGUGCUGGAGAAACUAAAGGAAGAUUGCCUCAACGUGGAGACCAAGGAGAAAAAAUCCUUUCAGAAGGAACUGAUGAUGGCGCUUUUGAAGAUCGAUUGUCAGGGAUUGGUGGCCCGACUCAUAAUGGACUUUGUGUUGCUGACGACGGCAGUGGAAGUGGCGCCUCGCUGGAGGGAACUCGCCGAAAAACUCGCCCACGUAUCCAAGCAACAAAUGGAGGCCUACGAGGCUCCACACAGAGACAAAACCGGGAUGGUGGACAGUGAGGCCAUGUGGAAACCAGCCUACGACUUCCUGUUGACGUGGGCCGCUCAGAUCGGCGACAGUUACCGCGACGUCAUCCACGAACUGCACAUGGGCCUGGACCGGAUGAAGAAUCCAAUCACCAAACGCUGGAAACACCUCACCGGCACGCUUAUCCUUGUCAAUUGCCUCGACUUGCUUCGAAGCUCCGCCUUUAGCCCCGCCCCUCAGGAUGACUUUGCCAUUUAGCUCCACCUCCUCACAAUUCAGUUUCAACAUCACCUCAGAAGACCGUACUGAACUUUUAGCGGAUGUACACUUUUCUACAUCACCGUCAGCUGUGAGUUUACCUCAAUCCAAUCGCCGUGAGGACUUCCUGUACCCACCCACGUCCAUAUAAGGGCAUGCGGAAAGCCAAUAAAGCCAAAACACAGAGUGUUUUAAGUGUAGCUAUUUUUCGAGAUUUCCGAAGGCAUUUUUAUCAGUUUUCUUCAUUGCGAUAUCUAUAUUUUUUUAUACCGGAUGGCACAAAGGAAAUUUUUACGAUCACUUUGGCGUUUUUCAAGAACAGUUUUUUUCAGAAAAAAGCAGAUUACAUCUUUGUUCAUUACUGAAAAUGAAAGUCUAUUUUGUGACGUCACUUUUACCCAUGUUCGUCUUGGUCUGGAUAUUCUGUAUUUCGUUGCCAAACACUCAAGCCUUCCACAUUUGUGAUUUUAUUCCACUGAUCUGUUGCUUCAGUUGCUUUGCACAAGAAGACGGAUUACUAGAAACACGAAACGCGGUUACAUGAGAAGAAGGAGCAUAUGGCUUGUUAAUGAGAUGGUAAGUUCAGACUGUGGCCCAUGUGUUUUAUCCCUUCAAGCUUUUGCAAAAUUUGCGAAGUUUGCAUUUGUGUGACCAGAUAUCGCACAUUGUACUAGGUAUUAAAUUGCAGUGUUCUUUAGUUUCAAUUGUGAGUCAUUCGUUCAGUGCUUUUGUCAAGUAAAAACAAAUGCAGUCAGAUGAAUAAAUGAACAGAUCAUAGCAUGAUUUUAUUUGUCUAUGAUGAUUUUUUGUUCUACAUUUGUCUUUUUUGUACCUACAGUUUUUCCACUUUUAGACUUUUAUGUUCUUUUACCUUUUUUUUUUUUUGAAUAAUCAUUUAUUUUACGUCCUGUACAUGUCAAGGAGAUUUUGUGCUGUUUUUUUGGAACAGCAUGUAGGGAAAAAGUGAAUGUAUGUAUUUAAAAUAUAUAUUCUGUGAUAUAGAGUUCUGUCACAUUCAUAACUUGUUUUUGUGUUAGCUCUUUGAGAUGUUUGAAGUAACUGUUUAAAAAGUUAUAAUUCACAAAUUGUCUUAGUUGCAGCCAAAUGUUUAGCAAGCAAAAAAAUUAAACAUGCUGUCCCAUGUUGUUCCCAUGGAUUCAAUAAAGCAGCUGUAAAUUUAAAGAACGUUGUUAGAUUUGUCAGUUCUGUCUUUAUUUUGACAAUUUUUCGACUAUUUGUCUCACAAUUAUGAAUUCAUUUCAAGUUAUCACUCUAUUCUUAUUGCGAUUAUGAACUAUUUAUAAUUGUUGCAACUUUCUCAAAAGUGCAACUUUAUAUCUGACAAUUGUGACUAUUUCUUGUUAUUGAGACUAUUUCGCAUGAUUGCGAUGUCACAAUUGCUAUGUCAUUUUGGCAUUAUUGCAUCUGCCUUACAAUUCACACUUUGUCAUUACUGCAACUGUUGUUUAUUAAUGCAACAGUUUCUCACAAUUUCAACUUCAUUUGCUGUCAUUGCAACUAUUUCUCAUAAUUGUGACCGUAUAUCUCGCAAUUGCAGCGUCAGUUUGCAUUAUUGCAACUGUCACACAAACGGGACAUUAUUUUACUAUUAUUCCAACUAUUUCUCAUAAUUGUGACUUUUUAUCUCAAGUCGUGACUUUAUUUCCUAUUAUUGCGACUAUUUCUCACAAUAGCAACAUCAUUUUGUGUUUUUGCUGCUAUCUCACAACUGGGACUUUAUUUCUCAUUACUGCAGCUAUUGUUCAAAAAUGCAACUAUUUCUCACAAUU